CCAAAGCAAAACACAAAUAAUAGACAUUCAACCUCCAAGUAGAGCAAAUGUAGAAUUGGUUCAAAUAUGGAAGCCAGGUAUGAAUAUGAUGCAACAAGAAGAUGAAGCUUCAGCCAAUGAUCAAAUCACAAAGAGCUUUGAAAAUGUUAUAAAUGGCAAAGGAAAAGACAUAGUACUCUACAAAGAUGAUCCCAUCAAUGACAACAAUAUAACAGAGAUGACUGGACAAGAGGACAUCUAUGUCUCAAAUGGCAGCAUGACAUGGGAUCCAAUGGAAUGGGAAGAAUAUGAAGCAACAAGUCAUGAUAAUAAUAAUAAUAAUAAGGAUCAACGUGAGCAGAGAAGAGAUCAUCCAUGGUUUUUGUGUUUUAAUCUCUUCACUUUCGUUGCCUCGCUCUGUUCUUCUUAA